UUGAGUUUCGUUUUUGGAUCAUCAAAGGCCAUUGAUCCAGCAAUAUUAGAAAUAUGUAAGUCCACGAAAUAUUGCUUUAUUUCAAACACUGCUUCAGUCGACAGAUAUGUUGAACAGUUAAGUGUGGGAAGGAGAUAAGGUUUUGGAACCAGUUAUAUUUGAGGUGUUAAAGCUGAGACCUGGCUGGUGACUUGAACAGGUCAAUGAAACCAUUUUUGUCUAUGUACAUGACAGCAAUCCUGGAUAUAAGUCCUAGAUUUAUAAGCUUUUGAAACUCCAGUGGAUAUAUGAUUGACAAAUUUCAGGACAUUGUCUACAGAUCUGUAUGGAGAGGUGCAUACAGAUACACAUGUAUGUCAAAACAACAGAUUCAACAUGUGAAUGAAAUCAAGAAUAACCAAUACUGAAAACUUAGUAUCAAAGGUACUGCUGAAAAUGGCUUCAGGUCCAGAACCAAUGGAAAUAGAUUAUGACCUAAAGCAUCAGAAAUCAAGGAUUCAGUCAAGAUCACAUCAAGUGGCUUCAUCACAGCCUGGAGUGGGUAAAAUUCCAUUGUUUCUAACAAGGGAAGGGAUAGAAGUUUACGUUUAUAAGCAUUCCAUAACACAUCUUCAGACAGAUGCCAUAGUGAAUGCUGCUAAUGACGAUUUGAAACAUAUUGGAGGAGUGGCAAAGGCUAUCUCUGUCAGUGCCGGAGCAUUUGUGGAUUAUGAGUGUAGAUCAAUUAUUCUAAAACGUGGCAAACCCAUCAGUGUUACAAACAAUGUUCAUACCAAAGCAGGAAACUUGAAAAACAAGUACAUCAUCCAUGCUGUUGGGCCACAAUGGAGGUACUAUAGAAACAAGGAAAAAUGUUUAGACGACCUCUCCUGGACUGUGGAAUUUGCCCUGGAUAAAGCUGCAGAUCUUGGUUGUGCCCACGUUGGAAUGCCGGCAAUAAGUGCAGGUAUAUUCGGGGUUCCCAAAGUUCUUUGCGCUGAAAUGUACAUCAGGGGUAUAGUACGUUAUAGUAAACAGAGCAUAAAGACAAAAUCUAAAGUCAAGGAAAUACACUUCGUUGAUAUUGAUGAUGAAAUCAUUCGGGAGAUGCACUUAGCGCAUCAAAAAUGGCACAAAAAUCCGAAAACAAUCGAUCCAAAAGAAUCUUUCGGUCAGUUUUCGUGUGACUUGUCAGGGAGUUCAUUAUCAGUACCCGGAACUGGGAAUCAAAACGAUGCAUCGGCAGCAGGAAUUGACAACAGAAGCAAUGGUGUUGGGAAAAGUACAUUUUGGGUACAUGAUGCCCCAUCCAAAAUUAGAGGCCUGGAUGAUUCAGUUGAAAACUUCAUCGGUGAAAAUGGUUUGUUCACGCUGAAAAUAUACACUGGCAGUAUCGUCAGGGUGAGGGAUGUAGAUGCCAUUUUGUGUAGUGCAGACAGGGAUUUAUCGGGACUAGGUCCACUGGCAAAUGCACUACGAACUGCAGGAGGUAAGCAGUAUGAAAAACAUUUUGAGGGUAUGCGAAAACAGACUAACUCUGGUAAGGAAACCGUAUGUAGAUGUAAGCCAGGAGAUCUAUCCGUCGGAUGUGUUGUACAUGCUGUGAUAGAUACCGAUUUAUACCGUCAACCAUCACAGUUUGAAGACGUACAAGUAUCAAGUGCGCUGUGCAUUUGUUUUGUAGAAAAAAAACAAUACGACCUGGAAAAGGUGUGUGAGGCCAUGCAAGUAACAUUGACUGAUUUCUGCAAAGAAGUCACUAGUCGUCGUCUUAGCGAGGUACAUUUUGUCAACAAAAAUCCAGCUGUGACAAAAACAAUAUUAAAAUAUUUUAAGCAGAAUUCUGUUCCAGCUGGAUCUCGUCAUAGCAAUUCGAGUAGUGCAAGCAAUGAUGCUUAUGGAAGAUUGAAACAAAAUGAGAAAGGCGCAAGACCGAAGUCUUCUACACCUCGUUUAGAGUUUCUAGCAAUUUCUGAGAAGGAAGAACAACAUAGAAAACAUAAUUCAAAACAUCUCAGUCAUAUCACAAAACGACGAAGCGCUUCUCCUUCAAAAAGGUUCAGUGAAACAGUCCAUGCCACUAGCCGGAAAUCAGACAGUAGUGAUACUGAAUGGAUUAUGGAAGGAGAAAAAGCAAAAACAAAAAGUACCAGAUUAAAACAGACCCCUGGCAAUGUAAACAUUUUGGAUGAGACUGAUCUUAGUGCAUCAAGUCAUCAGAACGGUGCUACUAACAGUCAACUGAAACAAACAUCUGAGGUUAGUCCUUCAGGUCACAAGAAAGGAGCUGCGAACAAUCGAUUAAAACAAUCUGAUGACCAGAAGAGAUUUGAGGGGGAGGUUUGCGAUCUUUGUGAUACGUCUUCUGCAGAAAUGACAAGGUUACAAUGUGGCCAUUCAUUUUGCGAUACUCCGUGUUUUUUACCAAUGGUGAACAACAUGAUGUGUCCAGUUUGUAGUGAUGUAGAUAACUCUGUAGUUCAGGAGGCCCAAAAGACAGACGACAUGUGUGUGAUUUGUAUGGAUGCAAUUACAGACCAAAAGCAGCUUCCGUGUGGCCAUGUCUUCUGUAGUGACUGUAUUAUGCAGUCAAUGGCACAUAAGCCCGCAUGUCCAGUUUGUGGGAAGAUCUUUGGAAUGUUGGAAGGCGACCAACCAAAAGACGGCACUAUGCAUGUGAAAACAAACAAGUAUUCAUCAUUGCCAGGCUACGAAAGUGUUGGUACCAUAGAGAUCAGAUACGUAUUCCAAAAUGGAACUCAAAAGGAAAACCAUCCACGACCUGGUAAACCUUAUCAGGGCACGGAGAGACGGGGUUUCCUACCCGACAACAAAGAAGGGCAGAAAGUAUUAGGCCUACUACAAAAGGCAUUCGCCAGUCGUCUGACAUUCACUAUAGGCUCGUCACGAACGACUGGCAAAGAAGAUGUGGUAACAUGGAACGACAUUCAUCAUAAAACUAAACGAGAGGGUGGAACCGCCAAAUUUGGCUACCCGGAUCCAACAUACCUGACACGGGUCCAGGAGGAAUUGGCCGCAAAAGGAGUCAAAGAGUAGAAACGCUGUAGGACGGGUAUUACAACAAGCACACGCAACACUGUAUGAUAAUUCCAUGACAUUUCAGUCUGUAGGGAGUAUUAAAGCAAAUCAUUUGUGUAUUUGUAUAUAUUUCAGACACAACAAGAUGAUUGGUUUUAUUUUGAUGUAUUGGAUUUAAGUUAUUUCUUUUUCAUUCUUCAUUAGCGUCAAGUUUUUAAGUUUUAUCUCUGUAACACUUAUCACGUGACCUAUACACCUGUCACUUUGAAUGUGAUCAAUCAGUUAAUAGUAUGUGAAUAGUUUUGUAUAUAUUCAUUACAAAAAUGUAUUUCUAUAAUUAAAUAUAGUCCCUGUCAUUAAAUAGCCGCUUGCAGUAUAUAAGUCAUAUUGGGGUUUCAAGAUAAAUAUAUGCACGUUAAAUGCAUAACCCAUCAAUGCGUUUCAUUUUGGAUUGAUAGCGUGGGUUGCAUUAUGUUAUGUGUACAUAUAGUAAUGAACAAAUCAUGUGAUAUUUUAUUCGGAAUAUGAUUGAUAUGUUUUCAUUCCAUUCAUGCAAUGCAAAUAAAUUAUACCAUGCUUGUUAAAUCACAGAAAUCAUUGACAUUCACUUUUCAGUAUUCAAAGUAAUGGAUAUGUUUGUUGUUAUUUGCCUUUGUGAAAUAUUAACUUUCCAAAGAUGUGGUCCUGUUACAUCAAAACAACUAUGCAAAAUCAUUUUAACAUUGGUCUAUGUUAUUUCCACUCUGAUGUGUUUCAGAGAUGAUUUUUUUGUUACAUCUUAAAGAAUCUUAGAGAGUAUUUUGUUUUCUCCUUCAAUAUAUACGAAUACAAUAUGGAUAACAAGUAAAUGAUCAUGUUUUUUAUUGUUGAAGUUUUCUAGUUCUGAACAUAGUAGUUUGGAGAGUUUACAACGUAUUCGGUAUUUGAACCUCGUGGAAACGUGUGUUGUAAACGGGUUUUCAUUUGACGUAACAUAACACAAUACCUAUAUAUAGCUAUCGAAUGAGUAAACAGUGAUAGGAAAAUAGAUAUAACAUUUCACUCAUCUACAACAAGUCAAAACGGUCGACACUGUAGAUUUGUAUGGUAUUUUACAGUUAGAUGAAUAUUGCAAAAUAUUGCACAUGACCUUGUAAUAUAGAUGAUUCGUUUAUUGUGACAGCUUUAUAAAUAAUCCAUAUUUGUUUUGCACACUGUGUAUGUUUGUUGUAUUUAAACACAAAACACAUUCAGUCCGAAACGUAAUUAGGUUAGAAUUAUAAUCAUAGGAAACGAAUUUUGGUGUCAAAGAAGAAACGUCAUGCAAACAUAACGAUCUGCUUACAGAAAUGAUUAGGUUUCAGAGAUGUGUUUUCGAAGCAUGUUCAUCUUUGUUAAAACAGCUUUUAAUGGAAUAGUGUUGACCAAUUAAAUUGUACGUGUGUAUAUGUAACUGAAGAUUAAUAUCGAUUAAUAAGAAUAUUGAUAAAGUUACAUUGUCACUAGAUAUAUAUAUAUAUUUGUCAUAUUGGGAAACCAUCAAUACUGCUGGUAAAGUACAUAUAUGGUAUACAAAUGUUUAAUAUAUUUCUGAUAUGAUGUAUACAGUUUAUGAAGGAAGUCAUGUUUUUCCCGCACCUAGUCCAAAGCAAGCAGUAAGCGUUGCGAUACUCCAACAACAUCGUAAGUGGUCACUGAACAACUUCUAGAUUAAAUCAAUGCAAGACCACACGCAUUAUGUCGAACAUCCUGCCUGAUGGUAGUUUUAAUAUGUAUUACAUGUACAGCUGUAUAUUGAAUCUACAGCCUAUCAUCCCGCCUGAUGGUAGCGUUAAUAUGUAUUAUAUCGAAUCUACAGCCUAUCAUCCCGCCUGAUGGUAGCGUUAAUAUGUAUUAUAUCGAAUCUACAGCCUAUCAUCCCGCCUGAUGGUAGUUAUAAUAUGUAUUAUAUCGAAUAUACAGCCUAUCAUCCCGCCUGAUGGUAGUUAUAAUAUGUAUUAUGUCGAAUCUACAGCCUGUCAUCCCGCCUGAUGGUAGCGUUAAUAUGUAUUAUAUCGAAUAUACAGUCUAUCAUCCCGCCUGAUGGUAGCGUUAAUAUGUAUUAUAUCGAAUCUACAGCCUAUUAUCCCGCCUGAUGGUAGCGUUAAUAUGUAUUAUAUCGAAUCUACAGCCUAUUAUCCCGCCUGAUGGUAGUUAUAAUAUGUAUUAUAUCGAAUCUACAGCCUAUCAUCCCGCCUGAUGGUAGUUAUAAUAUGUAUUAUAUCGAAUCUACAGCCUAUCGUCCCGCCUGAUGGUAGCGUUAAUAUGUAUUAUAUCGAAUCUACAGUUUAUCAUCCUAAUGCUAGCUUUAUUAUGUAAGUAGAUCGUCACCUUUAUAUAAUUCCGUCAAGGUUUUCACGGCAUCAGUAAACAUUUGUGCUUGAUUUGGUGACACCUAUAGCCAAUUAGGACUAGUGAUAAAUUGUGUUAAACAAUUCUGAUGUCGUAAAGUGCCAUAUCAGUUUCGUUUAUAAUGACAAGUUUUAAUAAUUUAGCACAUCAGUUUUUUAUGGAUGUUGAAUGCUAUGAUGAUAUAUUCUAUCAUCUUACAACAUUAUCAACCAAAAGGUCAUGUUAAUAUUACGUUUUUCUGUCUUGUUGUCCUGUUUAGGUUAGUUUAAUCCUGUACAUGUCAGUCAUAUUGACUCCUUUUGUACGAUUUACAUAUUUGAGAAGGAUAAAAUGUGUCUGUCAGAUUGACUUACUUAGUCUAACACUAUUUCAAACAUUUGUCAGACUGCCCUGUUUAAUCUCACGCUUUAUAUGGAAUCGUAACUCAACAUAUUGUUUAAUUAUUGAAAAUAAUACAUUGUCUAUAUUUCGGUAAAUUGAUGCAUACAAGCGGAUAUAACGAGGACUAAAUAUUUGUUAUUACUGUUGAUGUUUCCUUUCUAAGGACGGAUUUUUGUGUCGCCUUUUGUUUUCUAGUCAUUUUUCCACUACCACUUGCCACGUCAAUUUUUUACUAAGUAUGUGACUUUGCCAUAAUUGAUUACUGUUUGAGUGCGGAUCCCGUGUCAGUAUCUUUUUGUUUAGUUAUGGUCGUUUGCGCAUAAGAAAUUAUGAGAACACUAUUUUAGCAUGUUUGUCGCUACUGCUUUUCAAAUCAAGCUUGGUAUGUGGCUUAUUCAUAUCCAUAAUACAAUUGUAGAUUACUGCCGGAUUUCUCAUUCAUAAUUGCUUGUCGGAUUUGUUUGUGAACUGUUCGUCAUAUCAAUUUGUAACUUAGCAUGUGGCUUUUGUAAUACAAUAUUAUAUUUCAAGUUCGAGCAAUUUGUCAAUAUUUCACAUUUUGCUGGAGUUAUUGCCCUUUGUGCAUCAUAGGAAAUUCUUACAAUUAAUUUGUUUUCCACAGUUUUCUUUACAAUCGCUUAUCAUAUCAGUUUGUUUCUUCUUAUGUGGCUUCAUCAUUAUUCAGUAUAAUGAAAGUUUUAACCCCGGAUCAGAAAUCCAUGUUGAGUUAUGGCCCUUUGCACUAUGCAACAUGAUCAUAAUCAACUAUUUGUAUUAUUUAUGUUUUUACUUCUAAUCAACCCUUUUCGGGAUUUGUUUCUGCUACCACUUGCCAUAUCAAUUGGUUUCUAAUAGUACAUGUAUGUGACUUUUUCAUAAUAAAGUAUGAAAUUAUGGUCCUUUGAGCGGAGUAAAUUAUCACAUGUUAGUCUUUUUGAUACUUAGUACAGUGUAUGUGGCUUUUUCAUAAUGGGUUACAGAUAAAGGUUUACCUAAAAAAAUUGAUUUUAUUUGAAAUUGUUUAUUCUAACCGCGUGUAUUUGAGUGUUAUUAUGUUAUAGACUGUUAACGUGAGAUCGAUCAGUAUUGGAUGAGGACCGGCUUGAUUUACAUAAGGAGUUAUUACGAAGACUGAUAUACGGAAUGUGAUGGCCUGGUGUUGUAGUGUGCAUUGUGCAGUGGGUUUUUUUCUGGAUCCAUAUAGUGUGUAUACUUACCAUCGUUAUCCACUCAAUCAAUCCCCGAUCUCCCCGCCUCUCCCAUUAUCGACGCUCGUGUUGUUACUAUUGUUCAUGAUGCCUGAAAUACAUGAUGUCACGUUGUCCACAGGACGGGUGGCCGAGUGGUUAAGGUGUCCCGACACUUUAGCACUAGCCCUCCAUCUCUGGGUUUUGAGUUCGAAACCUA